UCUAUAGUUCACUUAAACAUAGAAAUCGUUUCGCUUCUUCUGUUAGCUAGUUUCUGAGAAGAUGACGGAAGAAGGGGAUGCGUUCUCCGACCUAUUUCCUCCCUCCGCCAUUCUUUAACAAAUCCAAGCAAUUUCAGCUCUAAUGGCUUCAGAUAUCAGCAUUUCAACUCCUCCGGAGCUGGGAUGGUCCUCUCGUUUGAUAACUAUGCAGUUUAUGGGAACCGAAAGACCCUGGUUGAAUCUGUAUGGAAAUCGAGUUCGUCCUGUCGCUCCAUUUGGAAGUGCAAGCAGCAAACCUUUUGAUGAUCCUGCCCUCAUUCAUCGCUGUUUGCCAGAUGAAUUACUUUUUGAGGUUUUUUCCCGAAUGAGUCCAUACAGUUUAGGGAGGGCGCAUGUGUUUGUCGCAAAAUGGCGAUAUACUGUUCGCAAUCCUAUUUUGUGGCGUAGUGCAUGCCUGAAAAGCAUGGCACUUUCUGGAGCAUUGACAAACUACAAAAUUGUGCAAUCCAUGUAUGAGUGUUCAUGAAAGAUGUGGAUUCACAGGCCAAGGAUUCGACAUGAUGGUCUUUAUGUGAGCAGAAAUACUUACAUACGUACUGGAGUUGCAGAGUGGAAGGUCACUAAUCCGGUCCAUCUGGUUUGCUACUACCGUUACCUCAGAUUUUUCCUAAAUGGCAAGUUCCUGUACAAGAUUUCAUCUCAAAAAGUUAAAGAGGUAGCAAAAAUCAUGAGUCGUGCAUCUAAAUCUGAGUGCGUCUUCAAAGGUGACUAUACACUUUCUGGUGAGCAGAUUGAAGCUGUUCUCUUGUAUUCAGGCUCACGCAGAACUGUUCUUAGAAUGCGGCUGAGAAUUAGGGGAACCACGGUAGGUGCGAACAACCGGCUCGACAUGUUGAGACUUGUUACCACUGGUGUGAAUGAGUCUGAAAUAAACAAUGAUGGUGAUGACAUUUUAGGAGUAGUUGAAGGGUGGCAGGAAGAUGAGACACAUAACCCUGAUGUGCCAGCUACUUCACAUAGGAGGGGCUUGUCACCCUUUGUAUUUGUUCCAUUUGAGGAGGUGGAAACUUCCGUCUUGAACCUUCCUGUUGACAAGAUGGACUACUUCGUUCCAGGCUGAAGUUUUUUCAAGUACUGGUUACUUAUUAUUUGUCAUAUAUGCUUGAUCAUGUGCUAUGGGACUAACUUUUGUUGCUUCUGUGAAUGUUUUUCUUUUUUUUCUUUUUUGGGUUAUGUGCUUCUAUGUAUGCUAUCUUAUAACUUGUAAAUAGCCGUUAAUGUGGAUUUGUUUCUGCAAAAAAUCUCUUGUUUUGGUACUAUCUUAGUUUAAGGAAGUUCUUUGUAGUUAUUUAUGAAAAAAGAUGGCAGACCUGUUAGAAGGACCAUUUUAUUACUUGCUUUGUUCUUUUUUGUUUAAGGAAGAAAGUAACUAUGUACAGGAGAGAGGCUAUUCUAUCUGGUUAAGGAUCUUCUCUGGUUA